AUGAUCUGCAUCCUCGCCGUCGGCACCCCGCCGUCGUCAACCGCACGGCAGCCCGCGUCGGUGCCUCUCUUCCUCCCGGCUCCUUCGUGCACGCCGGAUUGGGCGAGCGGCGGGCGGACGACGCUUCUCGAGUCCCAACCCGCGAAUCUGUCGACCGAGCCGCCGCCGAAUGCGUCGACUGUCCCUCGCGAGACCCUUGAGGCGGUCAUCGAGGGCUUGGACGCGGUCAAUCACGACGCCUGCAUCAACCGGCACUCGACAGAGGAAGCGCUCUCCGCGCCGCCCGACUUGACGGUGAGUGGGGGCGGCUCGGCCAGUCCGUGCGGCGGUGACCCGCGUGAUGGUGGUCAGAAAAGGGGAAGGGGCGCUCCCUGGUCCCGCCUCGUGGGUGCCCUCGUGCUGGAGUGCCUCCUCGCGCUCCUCUGCUUCCAGCUUCGGUCGGGUGGCUCCUCGGCCAGCAAGGUCGGCCCAAACAAGGUUGAGGGGCAGAAGCGCUCGAAGAACGCGGAGAAGGACGAGGUCCUGACCCCGGCCGGCGGCAGCACGCCCCUCAUCUACCUCAUCGCCGUGCUCGUCUUGUGCGGCGUGGCCUUCGAGGCCUCGACCAUGAAGUACAAUGCGAUCAAGCCGGCCGCCGAGAUCAACGCUCGGGGACGCGGCACCGUGCCGGCGACCCUGUCCGUGAGCACCGUGCCCGA